AUGAAUAACCUCUAUAGUUCUCUGUUUCUCAUUGCAUUGUGCCUAGGAUUGAGUAACGCCGUGGUCAAAAUGAAAAAUUCGGUACAUUUUAUAAACUCUCUUGCUGGAAACAACGUUCUUAAAAUUCAUUGUUUAUCAGACGAAGACGAUCUAGGCUACCACCUUUUGAAGUCUGGAGAAGUCUACGAUUUCAGUUUUUAUGACAGUAUCUUCGGAACUAGGAUAAAUUGUGAUUUAGCGCAGGGAAUUGAAUUCAGAUUUCAUGCAAAGUUCAUGGCAUAUAAAGGUGGUGGUCUCAUACUUCAUUAUGGUAAGAAGAAUUUUUGGUUUUGUAGAGAUGAUGGGAUUUACUUUACCCAUGGUAAGGACGAUCCAAAGUUAGAGUAUAAGUGGGUACCUACAAUGCCCUUGACAUGA